UCUUCCAAACAAAACAAAAACGCAGCACCUCUUCAGUUCAAGUUUCAGAAUCUACUACACUCACAAAAAAUAUAAACAAAAAAAUAUAUACUAUUUAAUAAUUUAAAAAUAAGAAAAUAAAGUAUAUUGUUUUCUCUCGGGGAUGGAGAACUCGUACGACUCAGCAGCAGCAGCCAAGUGGUUUGAUUCAACAAGUCCAUAUAAUAUGGUCUCAUGGUCAUUACAACCUGGUUCCUCAGAUUCUGAUCUUAGCCGCUUUAACCUUGGUUCCUCUGAUGAAUUAGUCGGUGGGAAAGACAGGGCUGAGUCGGUUUCAAGAAGCCACAGUCUAGCGGAGAAGAGACGCCGUGACCGUAUUAAUUCUCACCUCUCCGCGCUCCGGAAACUCGUCCCUGAUUCCGACAAGUUAGACAAAGCAGCACUCUUAGCAAGAGUGAUUGAACAAGUGAAGGAACUCAAACAAGAAGCAAAAGAGUCUCCAAUCUUCCAAGAUCUUCCCACAGAAGCAGACGAAGUAACCGUCCUGCCUGAAACCAUCUCCAAUGAAUUUAACCAAGACACAACCAUCUUCAAAGCUUCUUUCUGCUGUCCAGAUCAAACCGAAGCAAUCUCAGAGAUCGUUAGCGUUCUCACAAAGUUUAAACUCGAGACAAUACAAGCUGAGUUCAUCUGUGUUGGAGGAAGAAUAAGAAUCAACUUCAUCGUAAAAGAGACAGCAACUACUACAUCAGCGAAAGCUCUAAAGCAAUCUCUAUGCGCAGCGUUGAACCGAAUCACAUCUUUGACUUCCUCUUCUACUUCAUCGGUUUGUAGGAUCAGAAGCAAAAGGCAGAGAUGGUUCCUCUCUUCUAACUACUCACAAUGAUAUCUUUUUUUUGUCAAGAUAGUAAAAUACAAACCCAUUUGUUUUGUUAGCAAUUUAAAGUUAUAAGGAUUGUAAUUAAGCUGGUGAAAAUGUGAUUAGAUAGAUAAAGGUUUAACAUUAAUGAAGGAUCCAUACAAAUUCUACAAGAAGGAAGCCAAGAAAACAUAAAACUGAAA